AAUUGAGUGCUGAUAUUAAUAUCACGAACAAUAAAACGUGUGCAUCUGAUGCACAAUAAUACACCAUAUCUCUACCAUAUAUAGACUAUUCAUCAGUACAUAAAUAUAGUUUUCAAAUUCGCUGAAUUUUCGUCAUAUGUAAAAAGCUAAAUGUGAGAGUAGAAGCUUUAGUUUAUUAAAGUAUCAAUUGUUUUUUCAAAUUAAUAUUCAUGGAGUUUUUGAAAGUAAUAAUUGUUAAUCUUCGAAAUAAUAAUAAUAAAUAAUCAAAUAUGGCCAUUUAUUGGAUACUGAUUUUUUACUAUUAUAUAAACUGUCAAGUUUUGCUAGUUACUUCUGGCAAUUACGACGAAUCAUCUCUAGAAGAUACUCAAAAUAAUAAUGAUGAAGGUUCUGAUAUUCAACAAUCUGGAUUGAGCAGUAAUGAACAAGAAGACAAAGAUAACACCAUUAUGGAACCUUUUUCGUCUGAAGAGAAAAAAAGUGGUGACCUUACUGAAUUGAAGGAACCAGAAAUAAAUCAUGGUCAAAUACAAAAUUCUCAUGAUGCACAGUUAUCUCACAAUCAAUUCAAAAUGCAUGCAUUGACACAUAAUAAACAUGAAGAAAAUCCGAAAACUUCUAGUAAUAAAAGGGUAAAUAAUGAGACUCAUCAGAGCAGUGUAAACGUGCACGCCAUUCAUUCCAGUAAUCAACAGGAUAUUUAUCGAAGACGAAAUAAUUUACCUACGUCAAAAAAACACAACUUCAACACUAAUUUCAAUCAAAAUAUUAUGGAUGCAAGAGUCGAAGAGAAAAAGAGAUAUCAAGACAUGAGAUAUAUUGCUGAUCAAACUGAAAAAAAAGGUGAAACUUGGAAUAAAAUUUUACCAUAUCUUCCACCUCGAUUUAAGACCAACGAAUUGAAUGAUGAUAAAAAUAUAACUCAAAUUGCACAUACGUUUGCCAAACAUAUCGUUGGUACCUUACCUUUGGAUUUACGAAAUAAUAAAUUAGCAUAUGAUUUAGCUGUAAAAAUGAUUUAUGAAAGAUUGAAAAUGCACAAUGAUGCUGAAUUUCUAGAACAUGAUCCAUAUAAUAAUUCAAGAUUCAAUCAAUCAUCAAAUAGCAGCAAUCGAGUCAACAACUGCUGUUGUUGCGAUGACGAAAAUUCAGCAGUUAUCAUGAAAAUAAGUAAAGAAGAAAGUUAUAAAUGCAAACCGAUUAUAAAUACAGCACCAAGUGAUGGUUAUAUCUUACUUGAAAAUAUUGGAUGGUUUAAAAUUCAUACCAUUCCAAAAACAUGGAAUCAGGCUAGAAAACAAUGUAUUACUGAAGGCGCACAUUUAGCAUUCAUGGAAUCUUCAGAAGAAAUAGAAGUACUAUUGGAUCUUUUUAAACGAACUGUAAAUAUAAAAAAUGCGACCAAUGAAGAGCAGGCCUUUAUUGGUAUUCACGACUUGUUUCGUGAGGGAGACUGGGUAACAAUUCUUGGCGAUUCUAUUCAUAAAAAUGGCUAUACAAAAUGGAGCGAACGAUGGGGUGGACAACCAGAUAAUGGUAGUGGUGUUCAGAAUUGUGGUACUCUAUUAAAAGAAGGAGGAAUGGAUGACGUUAGUUGUAGUGCACAGUUUGCUUUCUUUUGUGAAAUACCAGGAAUUCGUAUUGUUCAUUGAAAUUUUUAUAUUUCAUAUAUAUAUAUUGUAUGAUAUAAAUAAUUAAUAACAUAAUCUUUUUUAGUUUUAAAGAAGAUUUAAAAAAGAAAUUGAAAUAUAAAUAUCAAGUAAUGCAUGACAUAAAUACACAUGUAUAUCACUUUAUACGUUGCAUUAUAUUCUAAAUACAUAGAAUACUAAAUCUGAUAAGUAAAUCAAACUAUUUCAAUAUAUCCAUUUGCAUAUUGAACUUCUUCACAGUAUGAAAACUGUCAAUACCAUCUGUAAUAUUUAUUCAAAUCAUACAAUAUUACUAUCAGUUAAAUUUCAAAACUGUCAUGUUGCUAAAAAAAUUCAACAGUUCAAUAGAAUACUUACGAAUUCUAUUUUAAUUUUCCUGCAUUCUGUCAUUUAAAUAUUCUAUUUCAACUUUCGAGACAUCUCCAUCAGACACAUCAAUAUGAUAACUGUUAAAUCAACACUGCUAUUAUAUUUGUUCAUUAUCAUUAUAGAAAAUAAAUAUUAAUGCAUCAAACUAUAUUUAUCAUAGAGAUUACCAUAAUAUCAAGACCUAAAGAAUUUUAUCAAUCACAUAUACAUUGUAUCCAUCAUGAUUACUCAUAAAUUAAACCUGAUUACAAUAUCUAUCAUUUCGUAUUCAAAUUACAUUAUUUUAUGUGCAAAUUAUAAUAAUGUUAUA